UGCGGGCGGGCGAGUGGCUGCGCGCGCAGCCCAGCUCAGGCUCCUCCCCCUCCCGGCACCAGAGCCCAAAAGUGGUUUGCAGCUUCUCCGCCUUCAGAGAUGGCGCUGGACCCCGCAGAGCAGCAUCUCAGACAUGUUGAGAAAGAUGUUCUGAUCCCAAAGAUAAUGAGAGAAAAGGCCAGAGAAAGGUGUUCUGAACAAGUUGAAGAUUUUACCAGAUGUUGCAAGGACUCUGGGAUCCUUAUGGUAUUAAAAUGCCGGAAAGAGAAUACUGCAUUGAAAGACUGUCUAACUGCUUACUAUAAUGAUCCAGCCUUCUAUGAAGAAUGCAAACUGGAGUAUCUCAAGGAAAGGGAAGAAUUCAGAAAAACUGGAGUUCCUACCAAGAAAAGGUUACAGAAGCUUCCCACAAACAUGUAGGCAAACAGUGAGUCAGGAAGUCAUACUUAUGGAAGCCAUUUAUAAUGUAAACCAGAAAUGAUGGACUGAAACAAUGUUUGCUCACCCUAAUCAUGAAAAUACUGAUUUUUUUUAAAUGAAAUAAAAAUAUUUAUUUCAGA